CUUUAGAAACAGCUUGGUUCCGUGUAAAUUUCCGAGUCGCGGCAGCUCGGGAGAUUUAGUUCUAGUUUCUAAUUCUGCGGCCCCCCAACCCCGCGCAGCCAUGAGGAGGACCCGCGACGAGGUGGACGCGACGCUGCAGAUCGCCAAGCUGAACCCCGCGGAGCUGCUGCCCGCCGUGCAGUGCCUGGGCUUCGGCCCGGGGGCCAGCGCGGCCGCCGGCGACUUCUGCCUCCUGGAGCUGGAGCCCGCGCUGUGCCAGCAGCUGGAGGCGGGGUGCAGUAUGGUGAUUCGUGGUGAUAAAGAUGAACAGGCUGUGCUGUGCAGUAAAGACAAGACCUAUGACUUGAAGAUAGCAGAUACUUCCAAUAUGUUGCUUUUAAUUCCUGGUUGUAAAACUCCAGACCAGCUGAAGAUGGAAGAAACCCGCUGUAACAUUAUUCACACUGAGAUCUUUGGUUUUUCUAAUAAUUAUUGGGAACUAAGAAGAUGUAGACCUAAAUUAAAGAAGCUAAAGAGACUUUUAAUGGCAAAUACCUAUGAAGGACCUGACAGUCAAAAGGAAAAGGAUUCCAAUUGCUCAAAAUAUACAACUGAAGAUUUGCUUGACCAAAUUCAGGCGAGUGAGGAAGAAAUAAUGGCCCAAUUACAAGUUCUAAAUGCCUGUGAGAUUGGAGGUUAUUGGAGGAUUCUUGAAUUUGAUUAUGAGAUGAAACUUCUCAAUCAUGUAACUCAGCUUGUGGAUUCUGAAUCAUGGUCUUUUACUAAAGUUCCUUUGAAUAUAUGCCUUCAGGAACUUGGACCAUUAGAGCCAGAAGAAAUGAUUGAACACUGUCUUAAGUGUUAUGGAAGAAGAUAUACAGAGGAAGGUGAAAUAUAUUUUGACUUGAGCGCUGAUAAAAUCUGUAGAGCAACAGCACAAAUGCUACUUCAGAAUGCAGUGAAGUUCAACCUCGCCGAGUUUCAGGAAGUGUGGCAGCAGAGCGUCCCUGAAGGAAUGAUAACCAGGCUUGAGCAGCUUAAGGGUUUGGCCUUGGUGGAUAGACAGUCAAGACCAGAAAUCAUAUUUUUGCUAAAAGUAGAUGAUUUACCUGAAGAUAAUCAGGAACGUUUUAAUAGUCUAUUCUCUCUAAGGGAGAAAUGGACAGAAGAAGAUAUUGCUCCAUAUAUUCAAGAUUUGUGUGGAGAGAAGCAAACCAUAGGUGCAUUACUCACUAAAUAUUCUCGAUCUUCGAUGCAAAAUGGUGUUAAAGUUUAUAACUCAAGAAGACCCAUUUCUUAAAAGAACAACAGUCUUUUCUUUGCAACUAAAGUUCCUUUAUAAAGUUGCUGGUUAUUAUAGGAAAAAUAUGCUUUUAUGCAUUUGUAUUUCAGACUUUUAAAAACCUUGUACUAUGAGGCAUUUUUCUUUUCAUCUUAAGCAUUUUGAAACUACUGCUCUUCUUUUUUCUUAAAUGUAAUAGGCUAUUCCGUCUUUCAAGUUAUGUUUGUAUUAGGUACACAGUAUAAACAAGGACAGAAGAAAGUGUUAUUUCUUAUGUUUAGUAUAUCUCUAUAGUUCAUUUGGUUUUAUUGAAAAUAUUUGCUUUUUAAAUAUUUAAUAUUGUAUUUCUUUCAUUAGGAUUUGACAUUGUAAUCAUUAAUAAAUUUAAAUUUUUUUGGAGAA